AUGAAUCUUCAGACGAAAGAGUUUCAACUUCACCCCAUCAUCCGUUCUUUAGACUAUUGCCUCCAGCUAGGUGACUUUAACAAUGCCUACGAAAAGGCCAAGGCCUUCGUCGCGACCCUCGACAACGCCGCCAAGGUUUCGAUCAUCACCGGCCAGAGCGUCACCAGCAACAGCACCAGUGGCAGCUCCUGGACUGCUCUCGCUAACAAGGAUGGUGUCUCCGGUAUCAACUACGCCUUCUAUGUUUCCGGCUUCACCAUGGCCAACGCCUUGACCAUGAGCUGGAACCGCGAGCUCAUCGAGCAGCAGUUCAGAGCCAUCGGCGACGAGUUCUACGGCAUGGGCUACAACCUCAUCAACGGACCCGAGCCCGGCCCUCUCGGCCGUGUUCCCUACGGCGGACGUACCCCCGAGAGUUUCGCCGCCGACCCCUACCUGACCGGUAUUGCCAUGGGCAAGGCCAUCUCUGGCAUGAACUCUGCUGGUGUCAUUGCCGGAGGCCGUCACUUCCUCCUCAACGAGCAGGAGACCAACCGUUCUUCGGGCAUCUCCGCCACCACCUCCGCCGUCUACACCUCCAACGCCGACGACAAGACCAUCCACGAGCUCUACUCCUGGCCCUUCGCCGACGGCGUCAAGUCCGGUAUGAUGGCCGUCAUGUGCGGCAUGACCCGUGUCAACGGCACUCUCUGCUGCGAGAACAACGACCUCAUCAGCAAGGUCCUGAAGAAGGAGAUGGGUUUCCUUGGUCUCGUCUUCCCCGAUGUUAACUCCCAGUCCACCUCUUACGGCUCCGCCAACGCUGGUCUCGACUACGGCUCCAGCAACUACUGGACUGAGGACAUCCUCAACGCCGGCAUCAACAACGGUAGCUUCACCCAGGACCGUCUCGACGACAUGGCCAUCCGGAACGUUAUCGGCUACUACUCCGUGGGCCUCGACAACGGCAAGCAGCCCGAGACCGUCUCCAGCUCCACCGAGUACCGUGACGUCCGCGGCAACCACUCCAAGCUCAUCCGCCAGGUUGCCGGGGAGUCCAUCGUCCUCCUGAAGAACUCCAACACUUCCGGGCUCGGUCUUCCCCUGAAGAAGCCCCGCACCAUCUCCCUCUUCGGUGCCCACGCCGGCCCCGCUCUCGCCGGACCCAACCAGCCCUUCAGCGUCCAGGGAACCGACUCCGACGUCUACCAGGGCCACCUUGCCUCCGGCACUGGCUCCGGCCAGCUGUCCCUGCCCUACCUCGUUACCCCUUUCCAGGCCAUCACUGCCCGCGCCAUUGAGGACAACAGCAUGAUCUGGUGGCUCCUGAACAACACCUACACCUCUACCUCUUCUGGUGGCAUGGGAGGCGGCGGCGGCAGUCCCCCUGGCGGCAUGACCGGCAACGCUACCACCGGAGGCGGCAUGGGUGGAGGCAACAGCACCGGCGGCGGCAUGGGCGGUGGUGGCGGCGGUGGCCUCGGCAACCUCGGCCAGGGUACCGCUACCACCCCUUCCUUCUCCAACUACGCCGAGAACUCCGAGGUCUGCCUUGUCUUCAUGAACUCCUACUCCGGCGAGGGCGGUGACCGCAGCCUCCUUUACGACGACGAGCAAGACGCCAUGGUCACCUCCGUCGCCUCCAACUGCAACAACACCGUCGUCAUCGUCAACACCGCCGGCCCCCGCGUCCUCGAUGCCUGGAUCGAGAACGAGAACGUCACCGCCGUCCUCUACUCCGGCCUCCUCGGCCAGGAGUCCGGCAACGCCAUCACCGACGUCCUCUACGGCGACGUCAACCCCAGCGCCAAGGUCACCCACACCAUCGCCAAGAAGGCCACCGACUACCCUGCCCAGAUUUGCCUGACCGAGGUCUGCGAGUUCUCCGAGGGCGUCUACAUUGACUACCGCUACUUCGACUCCAAGAACACCACCGUCCGCUUCCCCUUCGGCCACGGUCUUAGCUACACCACCUUCUCCUACGACAAGGUCGAUGCCACCGCCACCAACCAGACCGCUCUGAGCUCCAAGUACCCCACCGGUGCCCUCUUCCCCGGUGGCCAGGCCGAUCUCUGGGACGAGGUCGUCAGCGUCAAGACCAAGGUCCAGAACACCGGCGCCAUCGAGGGCUCCGAGGUCGCUCAGCUCUACGUCACCUUCCCCGCCGAGGCUGCCCAGCCUACCCGUGUCCUCCGUGGUUUCGAGAAGGUCAACGUCGCCCCCGGCCAGUCUGGCGAUGUGACCUUCAGCCUCCGCCGCCGUGACCUCAGCUACUGGGACACCACCGCCCAGCAGUGGGCCGUCGCCAAGGGCACUUACACCUUCUCCGUCGGUGCCAGCUCCCGCGACAUUCGCGGCACUGCCCAGAUCACUGUUUAG